UUUCGAACAAAAUGGCUGCAUCUUUCCUCAACAGGCUCGGAAUAUUGGGUAUGGGUAUCGCCUGUGUCGGCGGUGUUGUCAACACAGCCCUUUUCAACGUUGAAGGAGGUCAUAGAGCUGUACUGUUUGAUCGAUUUCAAGGAGUGAAACCUGAGGUAACAGGUGAAGGAACUCAUUUUCUCAUUCCUUGGGUGCAGAAACCAAUUAUAUUUGACAUCCGCAGUCGACCUAGAAAUGUCGCUGUAACAACAGGAAGUAAAGAUUUACAGAAUGUCAAUAUUACUUUAAGAAUUCUGUUUCGACCUCAGCCACAUAUUUUGCCCAAGUUGUACAUGAAUCUUGGGGAAGAUUAUGAUGAGCGUGUUCUUCCUUCCAUCAUCAAUGAAGUGCUAAAGGCUGUGGUGGCCCAGUUUGAUGCUGGAGAGCUCAUAACACAGAGAGAAGUGGUUUCACAAAAAGUGCAGGAUCUACUGACGGAGCGAGCUGCAAGUUUUGGGCUUAUUUUAGAUGAUAUAUCUUUGACACAUUUGACUUUUGGCAAAGAGUUUACAGAAGCUGUGGAAAUGAAACAAGUUGCUCAGCAAGAAGCAGAACGUGCCAGAUUCUUGGUGGAGAAGGCGGAGCAACACAAGCAAGCCACAGUGAUCCGGGCUGAGGGAGACGCUAAGGGAGCAGAGCUUUUAGCAGACGCGUUUAAAGAGGCUGGCGAGGGGCUUGUUGUGCUCAGGAAAAUGGAAGCCGCUGAGGAAAUCGCAGACAAGUUAUCUCGUUCAAGAAAUGUAGCGUACCUUCCUCAUGGACAGAAUAUGUUGUUGAAUCUGCCUGUCGGUCGUCAGUAAGGAUAUGACGUAGAAAAAGAUUGAGACGAAAAACACGGCCAUAGCUAAAACUUAAACAGUUAAGAAUUGACACUUUUCGGAUAACUUGUGUUUCGUCUUGAAAUUCGAAGUUAAACUUUCAAGCUCAAAAAAAAUCGCACCAAAAAGUGACGAUGAAAUUCAACAGAUCCUAGCAAUGAUUUUCGUGGGUGAAACUAUAAUAUUGAACUACCUAUCUAGGUGUUUCGUUAUCAGCUUCCACAUGUUAGUAGUUGGAUUUCAAAGGUUUUUCGGGGAACGAGUUUUUCCUGUAAGUUAUCUGUCGGUGAGGUAAAUAUGUGAAAUUGCACGAUUUGUAAUGAAUCAACUGAUCAAAAAUAUACACGCCUCUUUCAAUUA